AAUCCAGUUCGGUUUUUCCCUAAAGCUCCAAAAAUCUAUGAAAUGUGUUUGCAUGUUCCUCGCUGCAAGCGGGGAUGUAGAGGUGGGUUUGCAAGGACUGAGAAAGCUCGGGGAACCCACGCGUUCAGGCUCUGAGAAAGUCCGUUUUUCCUCCUCAUCAUUCCGGGUCAUUUAUUUGUUCUAGAAACUAAUUCUUGUCAUAGUUGUCAACAAACAGCCACUCCGCUGGAUUGUUUCAUUGGAGGAGAAGCUUUUUUCUCCCUUUUGCUGCACCUUUCUUUUUUCUUUUUUUAUUCACAUUACCUCCACGGCGCGGCAGGCUGGGAGACGGACCGCACGGACUGUCGGCGCCCUUCCCUCGGCUCGGAUGUGCGUCGCUUCCUGAAGGCUGAUGGAAGAACGUGGAUGAGGGCUGCGCUGUAGAGGGGCAGAAGGCUUUGGGGCCUGCCUGUCAUCGGCCGGCUGAUUCAUCCAUUCCAGUGAGGCACCACUCUCACAGGGGGGGCACAGAGCGGACGUUUGUGGUUUACACCUGCCCCCUUUCCACCCUUACCCCAAACCCAGGCACGUACGCUCUGGACCAUGUCUAGCGGGCUGUCGGAGGGGGGCCGGACAGACGACCUGGAGCAGAAUAGCUGCAAGCAGGAGUCUCCUGUCAUCGAGCGCAGGAACCGCAGCGGCAUCAUCAGCGAGCCCCUCAGUAAGAGCCUUAAGAAGUCCCGCGCCCUGUCCCAGUACACGGCCGUCUCCUCCGCCACCACCAAUGGACACACAGACAGUACUGCGGCUAAAAGCCACACGGCCAAAUCGCAGCCGCCCCCACCGCCCCAGCCCACCGUUUCUGCACUGACAGCCGCAAAGUUGGACCGAACCUUAGAGCAGGUUCUUGAGGGACAAAAUGGCCUGCUGCAUUUUGCCCAGGCAGCAGCAUUGCUAAAGCGAGCCGGUAUGGAGCACAUGCUCCUGCCUGGGGGCAUGGGAGUGGGAGUUGGCGGUGGAGACGCCGGCUCGGGGGCUAGCGACUUGGAGGGUACGUCUGUCACGGAUGCCGUAGGUGGUCCUGUUGACUUCCCAUAUGGAGUAGGGGGUGGCUUCCCCUUCAACCCGGGGCUUUUCAUCAUGACGCCGGCUGGAGUGUUUCUGGCGGACAGUGCGCUGCACAUGGCCGGCCUGGCCGAAUACCCAGCACAGAGCGAGCUGGCCUCUGCUAUCAACUCCGGUAAAAAGAAACGAAAACGCUGCGGCAUGUGCCCACCUUGCCGAAGGCGGAUUAACUGCGAGCAGUGCAGCAGCUGCCGGAAUAGAAAAACGGGCCACCAGAUCUGCAAGUUUCGUAAAUGCGAGGAGCUGAAGAAGAAGCCUUCUGCUGCUCUGGAGAAGGUGAUGCUUCCUACUGGCGCGGCGUUCCGGUGGUUCCAGUAGGACUCCUCCUCCUCUCCCUACCCAAAGUUCUGCCAUCAAGUGCAAUGUCAACUCCUGGAUUGUCUCCGGAACAGACACUGGCUAAUAUACAGCUAGCAGCAAAUAAAGUUAUCAGUGAAAAAAAAAAAAGAAAGCAGAAAAAAGUCUGUUGGAUAAUGGAUGCACCUACUUAUUCCUUGAACCAAAAAUGAAGCGCAAAGAAAAAACAUCUUUGACAACUUUUCAUUCCCUUUUCUAUGUUUUCAUUUUGGUACCUUUUGUCUUAUUCCCAGCAGUUUUUUCUGUCGCUUAAGCAUAAAACUGCUCAUCGCCAGAAACAGAAAUGACGGACGGAGUGUGGACAAUCAACUAAUUUCUGUGUUUGGUGUUAAUGUUGUUUAUGUGUGGAAAGAUACAGUACUUGUGUAGAGAAUGUAAAUUUACGACUAUAUUUUAAAACUAGUGGCAAACAUUAUUGUAAUUCUUCAUUGCUGAAAGCCUCGUUUGCUUUAUGAGUCAAUGAAUUGAAGGGGUCAACUUUUUGAGACAGGACGAUGUUUGACCUUGGACAGACGAGAAAAAGUUUCACACAAUGAUGCUGUCAGUUUCAGGGGGAAAUCGAAACUGAACAUUAUGUUUGGCAAAGCCUUCACUGGCUUGAAGCUGCUUUUCGCCAGAGCCGCCACUACUGUAAUCUCCUCAAUAAGCCCUCCUUUGCAUUUCCAAACUUUUCCUUUUUACUCAAACUGGCAGCCUUAUUUACUGUGGCCCUACUGAGCAUGUGCCAAUACAGCUCAGGGCGAUAGCACCAAGAGACAGCACUUGCUCUGAGUCUACCCUACUGAACGCACUGAGACAAGAUUGCAUCUUUUUUUUUUUUAAUUUGUUUUUUGUUACAUUUUCAUGAUUUUGUUAUGUUGCUGGGUAGCUACAGCUUUUGAAAAUAACCAAUAUUUGUAUUUGUUUAGAAAAUUGGACUGGUUUUGUGAAUAAAAAGGAAUGCAUGUAUUUGUGUCAAAAUUUACAAUUCUGAUGUUUGUCUGAUUGCCUACCUGCAUGUUUUGUUUAAUCAGCUGUUUGGAUUGACAAACGGAGGUGGAACUUCUCCGCUGGUUGGGAGACAUCUUCUCUGUACUUUUAUAAUCGGACGGAAGAAUUCCAGCAAAGGUUUGUUGGAGGUAGACCGGGUGGUGGUUCCCACGGAUCGCCAUGCUGCCCCCUGUUUGACUGAGCUCUCUUGUUGCCUGUAAUAUCUUCAUAUAGUGAACUGAUGGACCCUUGCUUUGGUAAAAUGUAACCAGAAUGUUUUUAAAGAGAUUUGAUUUUGAA